GAAUUAUUCAUGCAACCAACAUAUCGGACAGGACGAGCAAAAAGCCUAACUCGUCCUUGUGCAGGGGUUGCAGAGGUCGCAGCGCCCUCAGUGCCCGUCCUGACUAACUAAGGCGUUCGCCGGCAGCCCGUUGUGAUCAGCUGCUCUGCGAAAACUGCGGGCAACAUGAGUUUAUCCAUCAAAAUUCGGUCUCUGGUCCGCCCAGGCGCCCUGCUAUCGAAUUUCGGCCUGCCGAAGUCGGCGAUUCAGGGCACAUCAUGGAGCCAAUCUCGGCACUUCUCUGCGAUUCGCAUGUCGCCGAGGAAGAAGUUCUGGCUGGUCGCGUUGAUCGGCGUGACAGGAGGAGCCGCUGCCGGAGGAACCUACACCUUUUACCAGAUGAAGCAGGCCCGAAUUCCGAUCAUGAAUGCUGGCACUGGAACAGUUGGCACUAUCCUCUUAGAUAAACCUGAUAUUACACCUUCCAGAAGGAUCGUGUCUAAAACGGACAAAUACGACCUGCAGCUAGUUCUUUUCCAAUAUCAGACGUGUCCUUUCUGCUGCAAAGUGCGGGCCUUCCUCGACUACCACGGCUUCUCGUACGAUGUAAUUGAAGUGAACCCUGUCAUGAGGCAACAAAUGAGGUGGUCAACUUACAAAAAAGUUCCUAUCCUGCUGGCCAAGGUCGAUGGCGGCUACCAACAAAUGAACGACAGCUCUGUGAUCAUAUCAGCUCUGACGUCGUACAUGCACAAUCCGUCUGAAGGUCUGACUGCGGCUCUGAAAUAUUACCCCGCCAUCGAGUACAAAGACGACGAAGGAAACGUGAAGAGCGAGGUGAUGAACCGGCACUUCCUCAUGUUCGGCGAAACCAUGCCAAAGGGUCAGACCAAGGAAUCCAUAAACGAGGAACGAAAGUGGAGAAAGUGGGCGGACGAGGUUUUAGUGCACACCCUCUCCCCAAACGUCUACCGCACCAAAGAUGAAGCCCUGCAAGCCUUUAACUGGUUUUCCGAGGUCGGUGACUGGGAAAAGCAUUUCAGCAAAUGGGAGAGACUGAUGGUCAUCUACGUCGGUGCCAUGGCUAUGCUUAUGAUUGGAAAGAGGCUCAAAAAGAGACACAAUUUGAAGGGUGACGUUCGGCUCAGCUUGUACGACGAGAACAAUUUCUGGCUGAGGGAGUUGAGGAAGAAGGGCACCCCGUUUAUGGGCGGCUCAGAGCCCAAUCUCGCCGACCUAGCUGUCUACGGAGUGCUAAACAGUAUAGAGGGCUGUGACGCCUUCAAGGAUUUGGAGAAAAACACUAAAAUCGGUCCAUGGUAUUACGGAAUGAAGGCCGCGGUCGCUGACAGACGCGGUGCUGUCGUUCAAUGAAGGUUGUGUAAAUAGUUUUAGUAUUUACAAAAUAAUAAAAAGGCAUAACUUUUUCGAGA